GUUUGUAUAUUAUAUCAUUUUUUGGUGUUAGAUCUAUUAUAAAAAGAUAGAAUAAAUAAUUUUUUUUUAAAAAAAAGGUAACACGUCAUCGCACUAAAUUAAUUGUUACACAAAAUGACAUCUUUCCUUAUUACCUAGCUAUAAAUUUUAUAUAAACAAUCAAAAUAAAUAUUGUAUUUACCGUAACAACACAUGAAAAAAUGGUGACGAAACCAAAACGUGAAAAGUGACACAUAAAUCGAGGCAGACGAGGAGGAAGUUAGAAAUCUUUUGAAUUACAUACUGUUUGAUUGACAAUGGUGUCGAUGAUUCUUCGCGCGCUUUGUUUCUCAAUUUUCUUCGCGAUUUUGUGUGUACAACAGCAAUGUGUUUGUGUAGUUUUGCUGGAAAAUUCGCCUAGUCCAGCACCGGUAGCCGGUGGUGAUCUAGGUUCUAAAACUCCGUCAUCAGCACCAUCACCAUCACCGUCACCUUUGGUGGACAAUGUGAAUUCUCCUCCGGCGCCUACACCGGUAGAUCACUCUCCUAAUGCUGCUCCAGCAAGUUCACCUGCUGAAGGAGCUGAUGCUACUCCGCCUCCUUCUCCAGCUCCGGCUCCGGUUCCCGCACCAAGUGAUGUAGCAGCGAGCGAUAUAAGCCACGAGAAGACUACUACUACAGCAGAGGUGGACGAGGACGAUGGUGGAAUGGACGGAGGAAAGAAGGCAGGAGUAGCGUUUGGUGUGAUAGCGGCGAUGUGUGUCGUAGGACUUGGAGCGUUGGUUUACAAGAAACGCAGGCAGAAUAUCCGACGAGCACAGUUCGGGUACGCUGCUAGAAGAGAUUUUCUGUGAAUUGUAUGUUAAAUCUAUAUGUAUCUUUAUGAAUAUAUCUGUAGCAUUCUGAGAAUUUCAUUUUAUUUGUAUUGAUUCUUUGUUCACUGAAGAACAAUAAAGUACCAUUCUGGA